AGAACGGGUCGAACGAAUCGAUGGGUGGCAGGCUACAAGUACACCCAAUCCAAUCGGUACUCUUCAAAGGUUGCGUAUCGGUGCAGUCAUUACUGCGCAGGGCGAGGGUGUCCAGGGAGAUGUGACUUCGUUUUCAGACUCCAGCGCUACACUAAUUUUGUCCCUCAUACAUGUGGAAUGUCGGCGAAUGCAUCGGAGGGUCAUACUGUGACGGGAACGAGAGAUAGGGAGGUUGACACCAUGGCUGUGACAAUGACAGCAAGUCGCUCGGCUAUUUGGGAGAUGGUACGGGCGAAGUUCUUCGGAAACGCUGAGUUGAACGUGGCCAUUGUUGGGCUUUCGAGGGAGUAUGUGCUCCGCCGUGUAAACCGGGUUAGAGCAGAAGAGUUUGGUGGAUCAAUCUACGGGCAGAUAGAGGUUUCGCCGUGGUCGCAAGUACUUGAUGAGAGUGGACUUCCAACCGAAACAAACUUUCAUCUUUUUCAUUACUCAUACUACGACAAGUCGAAGAAAUCGCGCGAGCGCCUUCUGGGGUGGGGGCAUCCGGUGCUACUGAACAUGCUAAAACAGAAGAAAACCUCUCUUUUUGUGGACGGAACAUAUCGAUCUGUGCCGUCGAAAUUCAAGCAAUUCUUCGUCAUCACAACGCAUGAUCGACCGACAGAUAUCUACUGCCCGUGUGUGUUCGUGUUGUGUACGUCCAAGACGUAUGCUAUGUACUUCCAUGCAAUCCGACUAAUCCAAGAUGCAACCGAUGGGGCAAUGGAUCCUGAGUUUGUUUAUUGUGAUUUUGAGGCGGGUAUGAUUCGGGCUAUUGGUGACCACUUCCCGGACGCUACUCGGAUUGGGUGCUUAUUUCAUUUUAAGCAAGCGUGUCGUCGGCGCAUGAAGAAAUAUCGAAUUCCUGAUAAAGAAGCCAAGAUGGCGAUGAAGCGUGGUGUACUGGACAUGUUGACUGUAAUCCCACAGAACCAAGUAGAAAAACAGGGUGUUGCUUGGGUGAAGGGGACGAUUAUGACGAGGUGUGAGGCAGCACACACUUCGUACUCCUCAGAAAAGUGGCUGAAGUUCUGGAAGUAUUUCUACCGUACGUGGAUCGUGAAAUUUCCCCCUAUGUUGUGGAACAUCCAACCAUUCACCAGUGAUGCUAUCAGCCGCACCAACAACCCGUUAGAAAGGUUCAACAGAGAAAUGCACGGGGUGUUUUCUGGAGCUCAUACGAAUUUACCUGAUUUCGUGGCUGGGAUUGAAAAAUUGGCGCGGCGAGCUGUGAAUUUCAAGUUCGAUAUCAAAAUGGGCCGUGCUCGUCAGCCAGCCCGUCCACCGAUACUGUUCCCCCGACCUAUUAUUUUUCCGGAAGUCCAAUCCACUUCGGAUAACGAAGAUGCAACAGAGAUUUGA